UUUUACUCGUUGGAGAAUGUCAGAGUACAUUUUAGAUAUUACUUUAUAAAAAUAUUACUAAAAUAUCCAAAUGAAUAAAAUACUGCUUUUAACAACUUUUUUCUUUUUAUCUAUUGAAAUUAUUUGUAGUGAUCAUUUGACAGUUUUUCGCGAAGAGUUACGUUAUACUUACUAUCGAUAUAAUUUAAGAAAACCUCCGAGUCAUCAAAUUCUUUGUAUUAAUGAUAAUCCUCGAGAUGCAGUUAUUUGGAAUAAUCAUUUAGAAUGGAAUUUUGAAUCAGAUACCAAUAAAGAAUCGUCAUUUGCAGAGUUAUCGAAUAACGGAGUAGCGAAUGGUGGCAACGAACAAUGUGGAUUCAAUAUUGAUUUUUCGGAAUGUUUUUCUGCUUGGACUCAAAAUGAUUCGCAUUGGAGUUCAAUUUCUUCAUUUGAUGUACCAAUGGGACCAGUUUAUGAUACACGCUGGGAACAUUUCAAAGAAUAUUUCAAACUUGACCCAAGCCAUGUAGGAUAUUCUCUAAUUAAAACAACUGGAGAGGAUAAUUCUUCGUACUUUGUAUUUCAUAAAAACGAUGCUUUGGUAGUUUCGAUUCGGGGAUCAGCGAAUGCACAGUUUUUAAUUUGCAAAAGUCGUGACAUCUACAGAGAUUUUUGCUAUUGGCUCAUUAUUGGUGGUUGGCACAACACUAUAACGGCAAUAAGAAAAUGCGAGAACGGAAUACCACUAGGAGUUCCAAGUCCUGGAUCUAAUUGUAGUAUAUUAAGAGCAUCUGUAGCUAAACAUUUUCCGCUUAGUGCCUUCGAAUGGAAAACAUUCAUUAUUACAUGGGAAGCCGAAUCACAAACUAUCAAAUUAUUUGAUCCAAAUAAAAUGAUUUUAUCAUACACUGAUUCGGAUUACUCGUUAUCGGCUAGUGAAAAUCACAUUUAUCACGUUUUUUAUGGUAACCCCGACAGAACCAUUCCGAUGUUAUUUCGUUUUCACGAAUACAAUUACAUUCUGACGACUCAAAUGGAGGCUAAAUUAACCAGUCCUCCUCUAACUGCUGAUCAUUUUCAUGAAAUCUGUGUUGAUAUGUUAGUUGGUCUGUGCACAGAUUGUGAAUUAAUUAUAAAUUUAAUCGAUGGAAACGCUACAAAACAGGUAACUAAAACUUUUACAACUUCGCCCGAUUAUCAACAUUUGGAGCACGGGUUGCCAAUGUGGAAUUAUGCUAGAUUCAAUGCCUCCAAUGCUGAUCGAUAUUCGCCUCCAAUUACUUUAGAAAUAAUAACAAAAUCAAAAAAUGGAAGUGAUUCUAUUCAAGUCGGUCAUUGGGCUUUAUCGCAUUUUGAGAAAUGUUUACCACAAGGCACGGUUAAAAGAUUAUCAAUGACCAGCGUAAGCCGCAAACGUUAUCGGGAUCCAGUUUAUAACAGAGAUCCGUAUUACUGGUGGCCAAAUGUAACUUGCCAAAAAUUUUCUUACAAUCAACGAGAAGCAGGUGUUGUCAGCUCCAUUUUAAGUGCUUUGGAUUCACGCAAUAAUUUUACUGAUAAUGACUUUAAUCUCUGCCCGGCAUUGAAAAUUGGACCAUAUUGCGCCACUUUUUGCAAUCAAUAUUUUAGUGACAACUGUGAAUUCGUAUCGAUGUGUAAUCAACAUGGUUGUUUUUGUACUCAAGGGCAUACUGGUGACAGAUGUGGAAAUCCAUGUGAACGCGGAUGGUACGGUUUCGGAUGCUUGAGAAGCUGCAGUAAUUGUAUGUUUAAUAGCUGUGAUUCGUAUGAUGGCAAAUGUGAAGGUGAAUGUAUUCAAGUGCCAAAUCGAUUCUAUAUUCCCCCCUACUGCAACAUCGUUAUUGAAUCUCCGCUAGCUCCAUUCAUCAACAGUUUAAAUGAAACUAGUGUUGAAUUAUUCGUCCCAGAAACAAAUAAAUACGAUAAUGUUUUCUUGCUCUAUAUUUUUGAAAUAAAGUCAUGGAUGGGGGGAAGUCAAAUUAAAAUUUCAAUAGAAAAUGUUAUUGAUAUCGAUAACACAAAAACAAAAGUUUACAGUGAAGUUUUUUCAAACUUAACUGCAGGAACAGAAUAUUCUAUGCAGACAUUAGUAACUAUACAUUAUGCGGAAACAAAAUACAAACACAUGGAAAGUGGAUGGAAAAGUUUUACAACUUUAUGUAACUGGGACAAAAAUUUUGAAAUUGAAUUUUCAGAAAGAAGUAUAGUAGUUAACAGGAUACUGGAAGAGAAAAUUUAUCCGUGUCCUGAUCAAUGGUAUUUAGUGAAUCUUUCGAUGAUUUUUCCUAAUUCAAAUAAGUCUUUUCCAGUAGACACGAAAAAUGUUGCACCGCGAUUUCCAAUGUUGUUUUCAAAUUUAAAACCAUCUACAAAUUAUAGCAUUUGUAUAUACAGUAAAGAUAAAAAAUUUUAUUUUCAUCAGAAUAUUUCGACUUACGAAGCAGAACCAUCAGAAGUUGGAUUUUUACGGGCAGAGUCCAUAAGCUCACGGCAAGCAGUUAUCAAAUGGUAUCCACCAUUCGAUAAGAACGGAGUUUUACGCGGUUACAACUUGACAAUACGAGUUUUACGCUAUAAAAAUUGUUGGUACAGACAUAUCGAUACUCCGUUAAAUUUGAUGACUUCCAGGAGUUUUUAUGCAAAUCAUACUGAAAGUUACAAAAUAGAGUAUGCAAUGAGUGAUUUAGUUCCAUAUGUUAUGUACGAAGUUACAGUACGAGCAUAUAAUUCGAAAUUAGGUCUUGAGAGUAAAAUAAACUUCACAACUGAUGAAUUAGAGAUACCGACUGAAGUCUUCAGUAACCUAAAAUUCGAAAAAAAUAUAAUUUCGUGGCAAAAACCAGCAGACUGUACGACGGUCACAGGAGCUAUUCUUAGCGCGAGAUUAUUUUUGAUUGGUUUGAGUGAAAACGUCAAGAACUUCAGCUAUCAAGUGGAUACUACAAGUUCUUUUAAGAUCGAUUUAACAGAUAUAAAAGAAAUUUACGGCGAUGAACAAUAUCGUGUUCGAAUUCAUGUACUACACUAUCCCAAGCGAAUCCAUAAUGAAACGGCUUAUACUGAGAUAUCUUUCAAGACGGAUCCUCGUCCCCCACCAAGAGUUGAAAAGAUAGAGAUUGUUGAAAUCAAUCAACAAGAACAAACGAUGUUGUUACGAUGGCAGAAACCACUACCACCAACGAAUGGUGAAAUUUCUUAUUACACUGUUAGAUUUUCUGGGAAGAAUAUUGAAACUGCUGACAUUGCUCAUGUAUAUCCUAAUGAAACAUGUCGAUUGUGGUAUGAUUCGUUAUGUACAAUUAUUGAACAACCAUUCGGAGCUAGAGAAUAUAUAGAAGUAAGAGCUUACAAUAAAGGUGUAAAUGAAGGUGGAGAUGUUAAUACUGUUGAAUAUCAACAUCAUGAAGGAGCACCAAGUGCACCUGAGAUUAUAUCUAUUGAAGAGAUAGAUAAAGGAGUAAUUGAUUUACGGUGGAAACAUCCAUCAAAAACAGGAGGACCAAUGAAAAGUUUUGUAAUCAUUGUCAAGAUAGUUUCAUCGCGACUAGAAAAGCUGAAGAAUAAUCUCAAUAAAACCUUUCAAGAAAUUAAUUUUCCUAUUCCCGAGUACAAAAUUGACUACAGUACCCAUCUGAAUCUAUUAACUUCUACAGAGUUCAUAAUAUCAAUUCACGGGGUGACAAAGUUACAAUCUGGUUCAAAAUCAGACAUAAAUAUCAAAACGAGUAGUAAGUUUGCUUUUGAAUUCGAACCACGUAUUGUUGCCAAUAACGAACUUUCCACAAUCAACGUUGCCAUUCCACCAAUUACUAACAACACAGUCGACAGUGUACUAUAUGUAGUCGUCAAAGGGGCUUCAAGAUGUAGUCAAGCGACAAUUUUAGAUCCCACUGUUAGUAAUGAUUUUGGACUCGAUUAUCAAGAACCAGCCUGGCUUGCAGCGUCGUUUCUGGCUCAAAAAAAAGAAAAUCGUAUAUUUACUGUUGGCGAUGGUCAGAUUUAUAACAGUAAUAUAAAUUGUCCACUUCAUAAGGGUGUUUCGUACACUGUUAUGCUUAUAGUACGUGACAAUGGAACAAAUGCAAAGUCAAUGUAUACCAUUAUUUGGGAAUCAGACAUAUUCAAAUUCGAAGAAGCUAUCAAGUAUUUACAUAUAAUUUGGAUUAUUCCGUUAACAAUACUCUUAAUUAUCAUCAUCGGGGGAAUCUGCUUCUUCAUAAAGAAAAGAAAAGCAAAAUAUUUGGCAACCAAGUCCGAACCUUUUAGCGUGCAUCUCAAUACCAAGAAAUUAAACGAAUAUGUCGUACAAAAAGACGUAUUAUCUUCUGAAAUGAUGGACCACCAAGAAUUAAUUUCUCUAAGCUCUGUCAAUUCUAUUGAGGAGAUAAAUCAAUUAUAUGGAUUUGAAGUACCAAAUGAAAAUAUAUUUAAUUAGUCUGUAAAAUUUAUGUAAAUUAUA